CAUUUUCUUCCUCCUCCACCCAUGGCUUCUCCCAAGCUCCGGCCCCUCAUCUCCUCUCUCCUCCGUCCUCGCCGCAACCCUAUCUCUUCCUCCUCCUCCAUCUCCAUCCUGCUCUUCUCCACCUCCGCCGCCGCCGCCGCCGCCGAUGGCCCCGCGGCGGCGGCGGCGGAGCACCCGUGGCCGGAGUGGGAGCGCUUCCUCGAGAAGCUGCGGAGCAAGGGCUACUUCAACGACAGGCCCGGCCCCGCCGCCGCCGCCGCCGCCGCCGCCGCUGCGGAGGCUUCGGCGGAGAUGAAUCGGGCGAAGAACGCGUGCCUCAAGUUCGCGCGCGAGCGAUUCGACAUCCUCGGCUCUUUGCCCAAACAUGAUAUUCAAGCUGUUGUUGAGUGUGGAUGUCCCAAUCUCUUUCCGAAAGUCGUCAAUUCGGCAAAGCGGUUGAGAUCACUUCUUAAGCUUGACGAAGGAGAUGUUUGUAGUUCUUGCGAUCUACGUGGAUCUUGUGAUAAAGCUUAUGUCAUUCCAAAGGAAGAUGAAGGAGCUCGCACUGUGGACGUAGUGCGUAUUUUGAUGAGUUAUGCAGUAAAUGCAGCCGGUCCCCCAGAAGGAGAAGAGUCCAUCAAAGAGAAUGUUCAAGAAUCUGUAAGAAAGCUACUGUCGGAGAUUAUUUUACUCAGUGACACAACCAUUGAUCCAUCCCUUCCAAAACCAAUAUUAGAUCCUCCCAGUCAAAAGGCACCGUCUCAGAGGAUCAGCAAGCAGGAUGAUCAAUCAUCUGGUAUUGAAAUGAAGAAAGGCGAUUGGUUAUGCCCCAGUUGCAAUUUCUUAAAUUUUGCCCGAAAUUUGCGGUGCCUGGAAUGCAAAAAAGCAGGACCAAGGAAAGAAGAACGGAUCAUCGAAAUGAAGUUGGGGGACUGGACUUGCCCAAAAUGUGAAUUUAUGAACUUCGCCCGCAAAAAGCAGUGCCAUCGAUGUGAGGAGCGUCGGCCAAAAAGGCAGUUGAUCCCCGGAGACUGGGAAUGCCCCUCGUGCGAUUUUGUGAACUUCAGGAGAAACAAGGUUUGUAUUAAGUGCAACUGCGCUCGUCCCGAAGCCGAAGAAGGGGGAACUCAGUUUGAAGACUACGUAUUGAGGAGGCCGUUGACGUCUGCGAAGAACAACACUUCUAAGUUUGGAGACGAUGAGUGUGAAGUCGAGGGAAGAAGAUGACGAUAUCUUAUCGCUUGAAUAAGGAGAUGGUGGCGGCGCGCGUUUGCAGCGGGCAACGGGGCAACACCCGCCGAGAGGCUGUCGACGUCUUGCGAGAUAAUGAAACAACCCAUCAUGAGAAGUUGCUAGAGAUCUUACACAGUUGAAAAUGCAUUAAAUCUUUUGAAGGUAAUUUCACAAAUUUGUUUGCCUGUGAUUUUGGUUUCGGCGUCUGUAAAAUUUACAAACUAUGUAUGUCAGUUUCAUAACUGUAUGAAUACUUUUGUACUCUUAAAUGCAACCAGUAAAUUUAUAUAUGAUCAAUAUUUUGAUUUGCAAAAGAA